GAAACUCAAAAGUAGAUGUUAAAGACCGAGUGACAGAAAGAAAGAGUGCACACAAUGGAAGCUCCGAAGCCAUUGUCUCAAAUCCUCUUGCUCUUCUUGUUGCUCUCAGCUUAUCCUAACGCUUUCAUACUCACAGCUCUUGCAGAGGGCGUCACUCCCGAGGAAGCCAGACAGCUCCGAGACGAGGUGCAUGGAAUGUUCUAUCAUGCUUUUGAUUCAUAUAUGAAGCAUGCCUUUCCACUUGAUGAAUUAAGGCCUCUAUCGUGUGGAGGGGAAGAUACGCUCGGUGGUUAUGCCUUAACUUUGAUUGACUCCUUAGACACACUGGCUUUACUUGGUGACCGUGAACGCUUUGCUGCCUCUGUUGAAUGGAUUGGUAAAAACCUUCGAUUCGAUAUAAAUAAGACAGUAUCUUUGUUUGAGACUACUAUUCGCGUUCUUGGAGGUCUACUUUCUGGUCAUCUUAUUGCGAGUGAUUAUGCUACGGGCAUGAAAAUCCCUUCCUAUGACAAUCAAUUACUUAACUUAGCAGAGGAUCUGGCCCGGAGAUUGUUACCUGCAUUUGACACUCCUACAGGCAUUCCAUUUGGAUCUGUCAACCUUUUGCAUGGAGUUGAUGAAGAUGAAAGCAAGAUAACAUCAACAGCUGGUGGUGGGACUUUGACUUUGGAAUUUGGAGUGCUUAGCCGUUUGACAAAUGAUCCCAUUUUUGAACAAGUUACCAAGAAUGCAGUUCGUGGACUUUGGGCACGUCGUUCAAAGCUGAAUUUAGUUGGUGCUCAUAUCAAUGUUUUUACAGGUGAAUGGACACAAAAGGAUGCUGGAAUAGGAACUAGUAUCGACUCUUUCUAUGAGUAUCUCCUAAAGGCUUAUUUGUUAUUUGGAGACGAAGAGUAUUUGUUCAUUUUCCAAGAAGCUUACAGGGCUGCUAUGCAAUAUCUUUACAAUGACCCUUGGUAUGUGGAAGUUAAUAUGGAUUCUGCUGCUAUUGUCUGGCCAUUGUUUAAUAGUUUGCAGGCAUUCUGGCCAGGUCUUCAGGUUUUAGCUGGGGACAUUGAUCCUGCAAUUCGAACGCAUGGUGCCUUCUUUAGUGUCUGGAAAAGAUAUGGUUUCACUCCUGAGGGUUUUAAUCUUGCUACACUCAGUGUUCAGCAUGGGCAAAAUAGUUACCCACUGCGUCCAGAGUUAAUAGAGAGCACGUAUUGGCUUUACAAAGCUACCAGAGAUCCCAGAUAUCUUGAUGUUGGCCGGGACAUGGUUGUCAGCUUGCAGAAUGGGGCCCGAUGCCCUUGUGGAUACUGUCAUAUAUCUGAUGUAGAGUUUCACACACAGGAAGAUCACAUGGAGAGCUUUUUCCUAGCUGAGACUGUUAAGUACUUGUGGCUUCUUUUCGAUUUGGCCGUUGGUCCAGAUAACCUUGUUGAAAGUGGGCCAUACAAGUACAUCUUUAGUACUGAAGGCCACUUAUUGCCUGCAACCCCUCAGAUAUCCUUAGUGCUGGAACAUUGUUCAUAUGUCGGUGCUUUUUGUAAGAGUGCAGGCUAUAAACAGGAAUCUCAUGCAUCAGACAUUGCAACCGAUCUUCAAGAAGCUAAUGUUAGUAGAUCUGAUGGAGGUCGGGUUCAUACUGGAUUUCCUUUAUACUCCUCUUCUUUUGAGUCAACCUCCACAGCAGGGUUGAUUAAGGGAUUUUGCCCAGGACUAUCUCAUGGGCAAAAGUUAGGGAUAUCAUACGUGGCUUCAAUUGAUGCAACUCACCAGUAUGAGUCUGCAAACAAAAGGGAACCAACUGUUUUGCAGAGCCAUUCAAUGGUGGUUGUCCCAAACCCAAGUUCUGAUAACUCACCGUCUGACAAUGACAAUAACCAUGACAACUUUCAGGAAUCCAGUGAGGGAGGAUCAGAGAGUGAGUCACUUCAUCUGUCGUAAGUAUGAUGAAGGCCUUUUAGGGUGGGAAUAGAACUCUUGGAAAUCAAGGUAAUUGGUUGGAACACAAUCCCGAAUCAUCAGGAUCUUAGCCUUCUACAUCCUCCCGUGAGAUGGACUGAAUUUUUAAAAUGGAUCUGACUUGUUAAAGUUUUAUCGGGCUACUCAGAAGACGAGCAAUUGCAGUUCUCUUUGGACUGUUUGUACAUUGUGAUCAUAUGUUUGAGCAAUUUGGCAUUAUUGAUAGAGUGAUUGAGGAUAGAAAUUUAUACUGGAAGAACAACUAGGUCUGUCUGAUAUCCAUAUUGCUGGUUUUGCUGCCUUGGGAUGGAUACUUUAACAGUGGCACUUGGUCAACAUUUUGGCUCCUGUAACUUUGCACAGUGGAACUGAAUUUUGUACAUUCCUUUUCAUUAUAGUUGAUUUUGGUGGAAGGCGCAUCAGCCCAGGCUUGGGUGGUGUAAUGGCAUAUUUGGAAGAACGCAGUUCAAAAUUUGCUAGAAGGGGACAAUUUUAACCAUUGAUUUCGUUUAUCUAUACAGCCAUUGAUGGGCUGGUGGGUGGGAAGCUUGACAUCUGCUCUUGCGUCUCCAGCUAUUCAUCCCUGUCUAGGAAAGGUAUAUCUUCAUUUGAAAAUUGUUACAAACUUGAAAUUAUUUGAUGAGAAUGACAUGGUUGAUCUGAUUUUAUUAAGUAUUUAUGUUAGAUUUUUCAUGGAGUGUACUAAAGGCCCUAGUUGGAUGAUGAUUGAGAAUUUGCGGUGUUUCAAAUACAAUUGAAGAUUAAUUCCUUUCCCCAACUCCA